AUGAAGGUAUCAGUACAAGCUGUGGCAUUGUGGGGAAAAAUAGCUCCCUCUCACAGCAUCACUGCUAUCAUGAUUACAGAUGACCAGCAAACUAUAGUUACAGGAAGUCAAGAAGGACAAAUAUGUCUCUGGGAUCUUUCAUCAGAACUAAAGAUUUCAUCUAAAGAAAUUCUCUUUGGCCAUACUGCUUCUGUAACUUGUUUGGCAAAAGCAAGAGAGUUUGAGAAACAACCAUAUGUAGUAAGUGCUACUGAAAAUGGGGAGAUGUGUGUUUGGAAUGUCACAAGUGGAGAGUGCAUUGAGAACGCAAAGCUUCCUUAUAGGCAUACAGCAAUCUAUUAUUACCAUUGCUCAUUCAGAAUGACAGGUGAAGGGUGGCUGCUUUGCUGUGGAGAAUAUCAGGAUAUCCUUAUCAUUGAUGCUAAGACUUUGAGUGUUCUUCACACUUUAUCAUCAUCUGAGUCUUCUGAUUGGAUAAAUUGUAUGUGUAUUGUACACUCUGCAAGAAUUCAAGAAGACUCAUUGGUUGCAGUAUCUGUAACUGGAGUUCUUAAAGUGUGGGACCUAUCUUCAUCUUUGAAGAGCAUACAGGAGAGACAAAGUGUGUGUGAGAAGGAAUCAAAAUCUCUGGGCUGUGUGAAUUGUCAAGCAGUACGAUUUUGUACUUACACAGAAAGACUCCUUCUACUUGUGUCCUCCACAUGCUGGCAGGUCUACGAUUAUUGUGAUUUCUCCUUGCUUUGUACUGAGUUCUGUAGAAGCGGUCAGUGCUUUGCUGGUGGAGAAGUCCUAGCAGCUUACAGACUGAUCAUCUGGACAGAAGAUGGCCACAGUUACAUCUACCAGCUGCUAAACAGUGGGCUUUCUAAAAGCAUAUAUCCUGCUGAUGGGAAGGUGCUGAAAGAAACUGUUUAUCCUCAUUUAAUCUGCUAUACUGGUGUGGAGGAAAAUAAGAGUUUUCCUUUUGUCAUGGGCUUCAUGAAUGAAAGAAAGGAGCCUUUCUAUAAAGUUCUUUUUUCUGGUGAGGCUUCUGGAAGGAUCACUUUGUGGCAUAUUCCUGAUGUCCCUGUGUCAACAUUUGAUGGUUUGGCAAAAGAGAUCCCUAUUACAGCGACGUGGACUCUUCAGGAUAAUUUUGAUAAACACUGUUCAAUGUCAGAGGGCAUUAUGGAUCAUCUUUAUGAAUCUAAAGAUAAAAUCAAAAGUGCAGUUGUCAGUUCUUCUGUAUACAUACCCAGUCUUGAUAAGCUUGUGUGUGGGUGUGAAAAUGGGAACAUUUUUGUAACACAAGGUUUAAAAACUGCAAGAGCAAGACUUUUAGAAAACAUAUCUUUGCUGAAAGAUACUCUACCUUAUAAGCUUCUGAAUGGUCAUAGUAGCAGAGUCACUUGUUUGCUAUAUCCACAUGAUGAAUCUGUAAGAUACGAUCCGAGCUGGCUGUUAUCAGGGGGCCAGGAUUCUGUUGUGAUCUGCUGGGAUAUACUUACUGGAGGCAUCUUACAACAAUUUAGUCUGCAGUCUGGUCCAGUGACAGAGCUCUUGCAAUCUCCAGAAAAUUACAGAUUAAAAGACCAUGACAUUGUGUGCUGCGUGUGCAGUGAUCACUCAGUAGCAAUUCUCCACCUUCAGAAAAGAGUAUGUCUCUUACAUGCUAGAAAGCAUCUAUUUCCUGUGAAGAAGAUAAAAUUUGACCCUCUUGAAAAUCUACUAAUUGUUGGAUGUGAAGAUGAUUCAGUUUAUAUUUGGGAAAUUGAAACAGGCACACUGGAACGACAUGAAACAGGUGAAACAGCAAAAGCAAUUCUUGCUUCCAUUGAAGAUUCAGAAUACUUAGUGACAGAGGCUCUACUUCCUGUAUCUCAAGAGUCAAAAAGAAAUAAAAAUGCUGGAUACAAACACUGUAGCUCAUAUAAGCAUGGCAUGAUCUCUUACAAUUUUACUCAUACGGAAAAAUCUUCAGAUAAGUCAACUGAUACCAGCUGCAACCAACAGCCCUUUACUAUUUUACCAGUGAAGACAAAAUGGAACAAUGUGAACUUCCAUGUUCUCCUAUUUGAUCUGGACAAACUUGAGGAGCUUCUUCUGUCAUCUCAACUCAAUGGACUGAAGUCAUCAAAUUCAUUCCACAAUUACGAUACUCUAGAAAGAGCCAAAAGUACUACUGAGAAAAGGGCGCUGACAUUAAAAAGAAAUAAAACUGCUGGCUGUGUAUGUCCAACACAUGGGCAAGUAGAUAAUGUUUGCUCAGACCAGGUUCGUAGGGAUAACAACACAGCAAGGCCUUUGGAAGAAAGUGGUGGCAUGAAGAGACAGAAAAAAAUGAAGAGUUCAAGAAAGAUUAGAAUGCAGCCAUCAGGAGACAUUGAUGUGAACGUCACCACUGAUACAGCGAAACUGCUUUUGGCAUGUCUCUUACCAUGGGGUGUAGAUAAAGAAAUAGACAGUCUUUGUGUUAGACACUUGGAUAUCUUAAGGCUUCAGUGUCCUGCUUCUUUUGGACUUGUGUCAAAUGAAAACCACCUGUCACUGAUGUUGCCAGGAUGGAAAUCUACUGUUUGUGGUGUGCUAGAAGAACAUGCAAGGAUCAACUUGUUUUCAAAAAGAGUGCUUGAUUUAUCAAACAAGUACCUUGCUGCAACUGAAGGACAAACUGAAAAGAAGGAUGGAUCCGAGAAUAAUAUUUAUGAAACAAAAGGACUGGAAACUAUAUUGUUCUUAUUUAGGAGAAUAGCUUUAAUCAACAGGAUAAUUAACAUACCUUCAGCAGUUACAUGUAAAAUUGAAAGUCUGCAGAAGUCGGAAUCUGUACAUGACAAGUGGCGAAAUACAGAAGUAGCAACACCUUCAUUCCCCAGGUUUUAUGAAGAGUUACCAAGCAGUAAAAGUAGAUAUUCCUCGGACUUUGGGAGUGUGUCAUUGCUGAAGCUCAUUUGUGGUUGGAGUGACCAAUCUAUAAAGAUUAUUGAGGCAAUGCAAGCGGUGCUACUGGCAGAAGUUCAAAGGACUAUGAAUAUCUUGAGAAAGACAGCAAUCUGCGGAGAGCCAUUGGCCAUAGUAGAGAAUGGAGAUGCUGGUGCACUGAAGCAUGACAAGAACUCAAACUCGGCAAGCUUCCAAGAUGUGGAGGAUACGCCUGACAGAUGUGUCUUGGAAGAGUCUGAGAGUCCAGAUGACGUGAAGCCACAUCCCUGGAUAUCUAAGGUGUGCUCCUGUAAGGUGUGUUAG